AUGGGUUCGAUACAGCAGAUAUCCCCCGUGAAAGGCAUCAAGAUCGCAAUAGAUCGAGGAGGGACAUUCACGGACAUAUGGGCAACAGCGCCAGGCCAAGCGGAUCUGGUCUUCAAGCUGCUGUCAGUUGACCCGGGCAACUACGACGAUGCCCCUGUUGAAGCAGGCAUCCGCCGUGUCAUCUCAGCGUUCACGGGCGUCGAGAUCCCGAGGCACGUCCCGUUGCCCAAGGAUGCCAUUGAGAGCAUUCGCAUGGGCACCACGGUGGCCACCAACGCGUUGCUGGAGCGGAAAGGGACCAAGCACGCCUUCCUGGUAACCAAAGGCUUCAGGGACCUCCUGCCCAUCGGCUACCAAUCCCGGCCUCGAUUGUUUGACCUCAAUAUCGUCAAGCCCGACGUGUUGUAUUCGGAUGUGUGUGAGGUCGACGAGCGCGUCACCAUCGAAGCUUUUGACGAAGAUGUCGAUGGCCUUUUCAAUGCGACCACCGAGGAGGUCCCCGGUGUGCUCGAACGCGGCCUCAACGGUCAGCUGAUUCGUGUCUUGCAGCCGCUGGACAGGACGUCACUGAGCGAGCAACUCCAGCGGCUUCGGACCCGGGGCUUCGACACCGUAGCGGUCUGUUUCACGCACUCCUACGUCUAUCCCAAGCACGAGUUGCUGGCUAGGCAAUUGGCACUGGACGCCGGGUUCAAGCACGUAUCGCUGUCAUCGGAAGUCGCCGCAAGCAUGAUCAAGAUGGUCCCUCGCGGGAGUUCGGCGUCCGCGGAUGCCUACCUGACUCCCGAAAUCAAGAAAUACCUCGAUGGUUUCAAGAAGGGCUUUGAAGGAGGACAUCUGGACGAUGUCAAGUGUGAGUUCAUGCAGUCAGAUGGCGGGCUGGUCAGACACGACAACUUCAAUGGACUAAAAGGCAUCCUGAGCGGUCCAGCAGGCGGUGUGGUCGGGUAUGCCCGAACAUCCUUUGACACAGAAACAAAGACACCAGUCAUCGGUUUCGACAUGGGAGGCACCAGCACUGAUGUCUCCCGAUUUGGUGGUACUUUUGAGCAUGUGUUCGAAACAACGACUGCCGGCGUGACGAUCCAGAGUCCUCAGCUCGAUAUCAAUACGGUAGCAGCAGGCGGCGGCUCAAUCCUAGCGUGGCGAAACGGCUUGUUCGCUGUCGGCCCCGAAAGUGCAUCAUCGCAUCCCGGGCCAGCAUGCUACCGCAAAGGUGGCCCGUUGACCGUCACAGAUGCCAAUCUCUUCGUCGGCCGUCUGGUACCCGAGUCAUUUCCGUCCAUCUUCGGCCAGAACGAAAACCAACCACUCGACGAAGAGAUCGUCAAGGCAGAAUUUGAAGAACUUACCGCGAGCAUUAAUCGCGAGAUAGGGGGGUCACUGACACCACAAGAGAUUGCCUGUGGCUUUCUGGACGUCGCCAAUGAGGCCAUGUGUCGCCCAAUCCGAGCGCUUACCGAAGCGAAAGGACACUCCUUGUCGUCGCAUAAUCUCGGCGUCUUUGGUGGCGCCGGCGGUCAACACGCGUGUGAUCUGGCUGCGAAGCUCGGCAUUCGUACCAUCAUCAUUCAUCGAUACUCCAGCAUUCUCUCGGCGUACGGGAUGGCGCUGGCGGACGUGGUCCAGGAAGCACAGAGACCACAUAGCCAAGUGUACACUGACGAUAGCCGCGAGAGUCUGAAUGACAUCUUUGCGUCUUUACAAGAGCAGGUCAGAGCGAAGGUCAUGGCGCAAGGUAUUGCGGAGGACCACAUCCGGUACGAAUACUUCCUCAACAUGCGAUACAAAGGCACCGAGACGGCGAUGAUGAUUCUCGAGUCCCCAGAGUCCGACUUCAAGACGGGUUUUCUCAAAAGACACUUGCAAGAAUUCAACUUCGUCUUCCCCGACGACCGCGCGAUCCUGGUCGAUGACGUUCGUGUGAGAGGUAUUGGCGGCAGCAAGGGCACAAGCCCCGAUACUAGUCGACCACUCCAGGAGCUGCGCCAGCUGACUUUCCAAGCGGCCUCGACAAAGUCGACAAGCACCAGGACCGUGUACUUUCAAGGCCAAGGUGCUCAGCAGGCGCCAGUGCAUAUCUUGCAAGACCUAGUCCCUGGUGAGCUUGUCAAGGGGCCUGCCAUCAUCCUGGACAACACGCAGACUCUGGUCAUUGCACCUGGAGCUGAAGCAAAGAUCCUGACCUCGCACGUGAUCAUCGACGUCUCGACCAUUGCGAAAGUAGAUAUUUCAGGACGGAUGGUUGACCCUGCUACGCUGAGCACCUUUGGACAUCGAUUCAUGAGCAUUGCCGAGCAGAUGGGCAGAGCUCUGCAAAACACUUCGGUAUCGCUGAACAUCAAGGAGCGACUGGACUUCUCUUGUGCCAUCUUUGGGCCAGAUGCGGGUCUCGUCGCCAACGCUCCUCACGUACCGGUCCAUCUGGGAUCCAUGAGCUAUGCGGUCCGGUACCAGCACGAGCUUCUGAAAGGGAAGCUCGUACCCGGCGACGUACUGGUCUCGAACCAUCCCGAGUCAGGAGGCACCCAUCUGCCUGACAUCACCGUCAUCACGCCUGUAUUCGACCACACCGGCAAGGAGGUGGCCUUCUACGUGGCAAGCCGCGGACACCACACCGACAUCGGCGGCCUCGGAGGCACAUCGAUGCCGCCGAACUCGACGGAGCUCUGGCAAGAAGGCGCCGCGAUCCGCUCCUUCAAGCUCGUCCACAACGGCCAUUUCGACGAAGAAGGCAUCUCCAAGAUCCUCCUCGAGCCGGGCCAGCACCCCGGCUGCAACGGUAGCCGCGCCCUCAGCGCCAACAUCUCCGAUCUAAAAGCCCAAGUCGCCGCCAACAACAAAGGCUCCAGCUUGAUCCGCGCGCUGAUGGACGAGUGGUCCCAAGAGGUGGUGCAGCUGUACAUGUCCGCCAUCCAAGAGAACGCGGCCGUCGCGGUCCGGUCUUUCCUGCAGGAGACGCUGCGCCUGCGGGGCCCGGAGCUGUACGCCGAGGAUGCCAUGGACAACGGCUCGCUCGUCAAGCUCAAAGUCACGAUCCGACCCCGGGGCGACGCCACCUUCGACUUCACGGGCACUUCGUGUGAGCUGCUGGGCAACAUGAACGCCCCGCCGGCGAUCACGCACUCGGCGCUGCUGUACUGUCUGCGCCUGCUGAUCGGGGCCGACAUCCCGAUGAACCAGGGCUGUCUCGCGCCCGCCACCAUCGUCCUGCCCAAAGGAUGCUUCCUGAACCCCUCCGCUGGCGCGGCGGUGUGUGCCGGAAACACGCAGACGUCGCAGCGCGUGUGCGACGUCAUCAUGAAGGCAUUCCAGGUCGCGGGUGCGAGCCAGGGCUGCAUGAACUGCCUGGGCUUCUUCGGCAAAGGCGGGCAAGACGCCAGCGGCAAGCCCUUGUCGGGCUUCGCGUACGCGUUUGGCGAGACCAUCUGCGGUGGUUCGGGCGCUACUGCGGCCGCCGACGGAGCUAGUGCUGUCCAUACACACAUGACCAAUACCAGGAUCACGGACGCGGAGCUACUGGAGAAGAGAUAUCCGGUUGUCUUGCGUGAGUUUUCGAUCCGUGCAGGGAGUGGAGGAAAAGGCGCAAGGUCAGGAGGCAAUGGUGCAGUUCGAGAUAUCGAGUGUAGGGCACCACUCACAUUCAGUGUGAUCACCGAGAGGAGAGUCACCAAGCCGUAUGGCAUGAGGGGAGGAGGAGAUGGCGAGCGCGGAGCAAAUUACUGGGUGAAGAAAGCUGAAGACGGAGCAGAACGGUGGGUCAAUUUGGGACCGAGAAACAUGGUUGAGAUGGGCACAGGCGACCGAUGUGUGAUACACACUCCUGGAGGAGGAGGGUUUGGGUCGCCGGAGCUCGAGCUUGGUUCGGUGGCACAGGAGAAGGUCCAGUGGCCACGAGCAACUGGCAGUGUCUCCGCUUAUGCAACAGCGCAGGCAGAGUCAACAUAG